AUGACUUCGCUCUUGGCCCCCCUCGCCUUCAUCUUCACCAAGAUCCCCCUGCUCGUCAAGACCGUCUUCAACCAUGUAUUUUCCCUCAGCCCUACCGCGAAGAAAUGGGACCUCCGUACCGCCCUCACGAUUGCCUUCAUCCGCACUUUGCUCAACGAUGGACCACCCACAACCAUCUCCGAGCAGCAGGCCAUGUUUCUCAAAGACCCGGGCGUCAAGGGCAAGAUGUGGGUAAGCAAGGUCGCCUUCCCACCGCCGCCUGAAGACGACCUUCGACAACAGCUGCGUGAGGCCAUCGCGGCAGUCGGCGAAGGCGGGGAGGAGUACGCGACGCCGCAAUUGGAGCCUGUGGGAGCGGAAUGGGUCGGGCAUCGGGACGGCGUGUCUGACAAGGAACCUGAGCCUGUGACCAUGUCCGAGGAGGACAAGUACGACAACCUGGUACGCGAAGCGAGGAAAGACAUGACGAUUUUGUACUUUCAUGGCGGUUCCAACUACUUGAUGGAUCCGGUCUCGACUCGGCCGGUGGCAGCCAAAUACGCUGCCCUUACAAGAGGUCGCGUUCUUUCGGUGCGGUAUCGCGUGGCACCCCAGGGUCCAUUUCCAGCGGCCCUGCUCGAUGCUCUCGUUGCAUAUCUGUCCCUCCUGCAUCCGCCUCCGGGGUCAUUCCACGAUGCGAUACCCCCAACAUCCAUCGUCGUGUGCGGCGACUCUGCGGGCGGCAAUCUAGCCACCUCAUUCCUUCAGACACUUCUCCAGUUCCACCGCGCUGCCUCGGCUGGCAAUCGAAACGCUACAGUUCUGUUUCAUGGGGUCGAGGUGGCUGUGCCGCUGCCGGCCGGCGUGGCUCUCAACUCCCCUUCCAUGGAUCUCACGCGCUCCAUGCACUGGGACCCGGACGAAGCGAGCCGCACCUACGAUUACCUCCCGCCGCCGACUUUUUCCCCCGCGCAGUCGCCGCCCUGCAAGGUGUGGCCGACGGACCCUCCGCGCGUGGACCUCUUCUGCGAGGGCAGUGCUCUCGCGCACCCGCUCGUGUCGCCUCUGGCUGCGCCAUCGUGGGCUGGCUCGCCACCCGUGUUCCUCGUGUGCGGUGAGGAGGUACUAGCGAGGGAGUGCAAGGUGUUUGCGCAAAAGGCGGCGAGACAGGGAGUGCCCGUGGUGUGGGAACAGUACGAGGCGAUGCCACAUUGCUUUGCGCUGUUCCUGGACUGGACGCCCGCAGCGGCCAAGUCGUUUGCGGGCUGGGCCAAGUUUGUCAAUGGUGUCGUUGCGAAGCCUGACGAGGUUGAAACCACGGGCGAAUACAUCAGUGCGAAAAUGUUGGAGUCAAGACCGGUGGAUGUUUGCGAGCUUACGCACGCGAGCGACGAAGAAGUGUUGCACUCCAUGCACUUGGCAAGGGACAAUAUCGAGAAGAGGUUCUCAUAUUUACUCAAUAAGAGGGCAUGA